UGCAGUGAGUGACAGAUCAUUGACGUCCAGUCUGGUCAUAGGAAGGCUUGAGUCAGCCACAAGAUGAUUGGCCUGAUAGUUGUCACUCUCCUGGGUUCUGCAGCUGCAGCACCUACGGAUGACAGGAUCGUGGGUGGCUACGAGUGCGCACAUCACUCUCAACCCUGGCAGGUGUCUCUGAAUGUCGGCUACCACUUUUGCGGUGGCUCCCUCAUCAACAACCAGUGGAUCAUCUCUGCUGCUCACUGCUGGCAGAAUCCCUAUCAAAUGAUGGUCGUCUUAGGUGACCAUCACAUCUGGAACAACGAGGGCUCUGAGCAGUACAUGGCAGUGGAUGCCAUCUACUGGCACCAGAGCUACGACUACCAGACCAUGGACUAUGACAUCAUGCUGAUGAAGAUGGCGCACCCCGUCAUCAUAAAUCAGUACGUCAUGCCCGUCGCCCUGCCCGCAGCCUGCGCCGAACCCGGCGUCAUGUGCACGGUGUCCGGAUGGGGGAACAUCUACACUGAUCAAGUGUUCAACCCGUUUAACCUUCAGUGUGUGAGGGUCCCCAUCCUGUCUUACAAGGAAUGCGAUGGUUCCUACCCCGGCAUGAUCACGGACCGCAUGGUGUGUGCUGGAUACCUGGAGGGAGGCAAGGAUGCUUGUCAGGGUGACUCUGGCGGUCCUCUGGUGUGUAAUGGGGAGCUGCAGGGGAUUGUCUCUUGGGGCUACGGCUGCGCUCAGCCCAACUACCCGGGCGUUUAUACCAAAGUCUGCUCUCUGAUGCCCUGGAUCAACGAUAUUCUCUCCAGAUACUCCUAGGCUGUGAUCUCCCAUCACAGAGCGGUGUGAGAGAGGAGGAACCAGAAGGGAGAUUGAAAUUGAAGGAGACAGAGACAGGAGGCGGUGGUGGGUAGUGUCAGACAGAGAGGCAGCAGGAGAGCGACUGAGAGAUAGAGGCACACAAGGAGAAACAGAGGGAGAGGAAGAGAAAAAGAGAUGUUAGAUGUGUUUAGUCAGGGCGCAAUCAAUAAAAUCUACUAUUUUGUGAUGCA